CCCUCUCAUAACCCGGACGAUACUGGGCCAAUUGUGCGCCGCCCUAUGGGACUCCCAGUCACGGACGGUAAUGACACAGCCUGGGAUCGAACCUCAGGUUGUAAUGACGCAGCAACACUGCGAUUCAGUGCCUUAGACCUCUGCGCCAUUCAGGAGGCCAGGGCUGACAAAUUUUUUAUUGGUACCAUGUGUGUCCGAGCUUUUCUUAUUCGCCUUCUCAGUAGAAAAUUGCAUUGUUUCACUCCUCCACCCAAUCCCAAUUGAUAUGUCUGUGUUAGGUGCACUUGAACAGCUGUGGUCAACACCCAUCUCCACCCUCUGAGCAUGUCCCCGAGGCAGCAUAAGCUCAGGCAGCUCAGACCACUGUGUUCUAUUCACAAUUUACAGCUCAUUCUUUGCAGUCACUACUUUUCACAUUCUUCUACAGCAGAAUAAGAGACUCACCAACAUUUCAAGUACCUUUUUGUUCUAUAUUACUCCACCAUCAUGUCUAGUGGGGGGCUGAAGGACAGAAAUUCUGAAACGCUGGAGGAUGUCAACGCAGUCACAAAAGAGCUCAAGUAUCUUUACUAUAAGAGGCUGCUUCCCAUAGAGAAGCAAUAUGGCUUCCAACACUUUCACUCUCCCAGCUUUGAGGAAGCCGAUUUUGACAACAAACCGAUGGUGCUGGUGAUGGGUCAAUACUCAACAGGGAAGACUACUUUUAUCAGAUAUCUCCUUGAGCAAGACUUUCCAGGUAGCCGUGUUGGUCCAGAGCCCACGACAGACAGCUUCACUGCCAUCAUGCAUGGGGAGGUAGAACAACUGAUCCCAGGCAAUGCUCUGUCAGUAGACCACAAAAAGCCCUUUCGCCACCUCAACUCUUUUGGAAAUACCUUCCUGAACAGAUUCCAGUGUGCCCUGCUGCCAAAUCAAGUCCUGGAGAGUAUCAGCAUUAUUGACACACCAGGCAUCUUAUCUUCGGCUAAGAGGAGAAUGAGUCGAGGAUAUGAUUUCCCAGCAGUGCUGCGCUGGUUUGCAGAACGUGUGGACCACAUCAUCCUUCUGUUUGAUGCACAUAAACUGGAGUUCUCUGAUGAGCUCACACGUGCCUUUGGGGCUCUGUGUGGCUAUGAAGACAAGCUGCGUGUGGUACUGAAUAAAGCAGACAGGGUCGACUCUCAACAGUUGAUGCGAGUUUAUGGUGCUCUCAUGUGGUCACUGGGGAAGGUGUUUCAAACACCUGAAAUACUCCGGGUUUACAUCGUCUCCCUCUGGUCACAGCCACGUCUGUUGUCUGACCACUGUCAACUGCUGGAGCUUGAGGAACUGGAUCUUUUGGCGGAUAUCCGGAACCUGCCUCGAAAUGCUGCCGUACGGAAACUUAAUGACCUAGUUAGGAGGGCACGCCUAGUUAGGGCCCAUGCACAUAUCAUUAACCAUCUCAAGCAGGAGAUGCCCACAGUUUUCUGCAAGGAGAGCAAGAAGCAGAACCUGAUCUAUAAGCUUCCUCUCAUCUUCUCCAAGAUUCAACAGCAACAGCGAGUACCAGCUGGUGACUUCCCUGACUGUGCCAAGAUGCAGGAACGGCUAAUGGGUCAAGAUUUCACAAAGUUCAAGACACUCAAGCCCAGCCUAAUGGCUUCCUUGGACAAGUUACUGUCCAAUGACAUUGCAAAGCUGAUGCCUUUACUACAUCAACAGGAUCUGAAGAAGGCUUCCCUGCCAGGGAUUCAUGAUGGAACCUUCUUAGAACCUUCUUGGUCUCUCUUUGAGCAAGUUACAAAGAGUGGAGUAAGCAGGGAAAUGCAGAAUGGUGAGUGGGUGGUGACAAAAGAUAAACAAAAAUAUGAUGAGAUAUUCUACAAUCUCUGUCCAAAUGAGGGCAAACUGAGCGGUACUAAGGCCAAGGAGUGGAUGGUCAGCACCCACCUGCCAAACUCAGUACUUGGCCAUAUCUGGAGGCUUUCUGAUGUGGACUGUGAUGGCAUGCUGGAUGAUGAGGAGUUUGCCCUAGCCAUCCACCUCAUUGAGGCCAAGCUGGAGGGCCAUGGGCUCCCAGGAGAGCUGCCUGCCCACCUGGUGCCACCUUCGAAACGUUUGCAUAAAGGAUUAGCUGUUUAGCUUAGUCUGGCAGGUUGAACCUAUGAUGGGUUGGGCAAAGCAAAACUAGAGAACAUCAAAUAAUGCAGUCAAAAACACCAACACUUUUGAAUGAAGAUAAAUAAUUCCACAAAACAUUUGUUCCUAGAAAAAAAAUUACUGUACAGGAUAGAUUUCCAACAACUUGGUCAUGUCAGGCCACCCACUGAUUUUCCCUGGGAAACCACAAUCCUGGCAGGAUUUUUCUUCCAAAUGAUGUACUGUUUACAAACACUAUGCAUUUAUAUUGUGGAUCCUGACACUGGUUCACUCCAAUAGAUCGCUGGAUUGUGAAUUGGACUCAUUCUGUCAUUUCUUGAUUUGAUUAUAUGUAUAUUUGUAUUUUAAGAAAUACAAAUCACUACAAAUGAAUUGCCAGUGACAACAAUUUCACAGAAAUGCAAGUAUCUCAAAUAAAAUAAUCAGAAAAAGGUCAAGGGUUACAAUUGUAUCAAACUAUGAUAGAGUUGAGAGAAUACAUUGUUUUGUCAUUAACUAAUUCUAGAGAUUGUAUGGGGACAGAUUUCAAAUAUUUGUUUUUGUGUAUGUAAAAUGGACAAGAGAGAAUUAAGAAAUGAACAACUAAUUCAGUAGCUUGUUUUCAUUUGAAUAAUAUAUUACAUCUUUCAUUGUAAAUACAUGGGUCUUAUUAAUGAGAUAACACAUGCAAUUACUUAACUCGCGCCAAAAUAACUUUACAGAGUCGCACUCAUAAAACGUGUAGUUUCCCCCUUUUUUUUUUAAAUCACAAAACAUGCUAUUAAAAGUUAUUACAAUGGUAUAGUUUGCUAUAUUUUAAAGUUAAUUUGUUUUACUUCAUUUGAAAUACAACAUUUGUGAGGGAGCAACCAAGCUUUUUUCCAUUCAAUUUCAGUAAUGUCUACAUUCCAGAAGAAUUUCCCCCAGAGAGAGAGCUUGUUCUUGGAAUGUAAACGUUCCCUUAAUACAUUUCUUAUCCAGCUGGGGGCAACCAUACAACAUAAAUUGUGCCUCUAUCUUGACAUGUUCUACAAAACACAUUAGAUUUAAUGAAUUGAGUAAAUCCUGAAGGUAUUGCUUUGCAUGUAGAAUUAAAUGAUUUAAUGUCAUGAGAAGUUAUGUUUCUAAGAACAUUCUAUAAGAGAGUAUAUUCCCUUUUUCAAAUAAAUCAAGCAAAAAUAUAAUGGUUAUUUCAAAUCACUUAGGGAAGAAUAAAGACUUGUUUUUGACAAUAUCUUUGUUUAAGUGUUUUGUGGCGGGAGAAGAUGUGGACAUUACGCAGUUUCCAGGCUAAAAGGGCUUCGUUCUCUAAAGUCUAGUGGUCACGUGAACGCAACGAUGACGUAGUUGGAAGGUCGAAUUUCCCAACCAAACCAUUUGAUGCAAGCUUUUAGGGGUAGACAAAAUGUACUGUUUUAUAUAUUUACUUAUGUGAAUAAAUCUAUGUAUGAAAACGUUAUGUAUAUGCAUACAAAUAAUCAAGACUAGAACAUGCACUUAUUCUUGCCAUACUUGUUUUCAUGUGAAAUAUUUUGGUAAUGCAAAAAACACAUCUCUCCUCCUUGGUAAAAAUGUGUUCUCUCCUGUGUGAACCGGGACCUCAUGAAGAUGAUUCGUGGGUCGCUCCGCCUUAUUUAUUUCAUAACAACGUCAAAUAUCAAGGAAAUAGCCUUACACCGACAACCCUUUUGCAACUACUAUCUCUCUCGGAGAAGGGCUGCUGCGAUUUGCGAUAUGGGAGUCAAAGUUCAUAUCACCUACUGCGGUGGAUGAGGGUACAGGCCCAAGUUCACCAGACUCAAGACACAGCUUGAGGAUGAAUUCCCAGGUGAUCUUGAGAUUACUGGUGAAAGCACACCUUCAACCUCUGGGUGGUUUGAGGUGGAGGUGAAUGGCAAGUUGGUCCACUCAAAGAAGGAGGGGUCAGGCUUUGUGGACAACGAGCAGAAAAUGGCAACAUUGGUUGAUGCCAUUGAUAAGGUGUUGGGGAAAUAAGAUAGUGCUGAUUAUGGAGGUAUGAACCACAGGAGUCUGAUCUCUGUUUGUCAUCUCCUUGACAUUGCAUAAUGAUGGUGGUGCUCCAAUUGUCAAAGACAUGGGUGCUGCUUGAUGAAACCUGCUCUGCCAGGGAGGUGCCCUGCAGAUUGCUUCAACUCCUACAGUGGCAAUGCUUUUGUAAGAUUGUGGGUGAUACAAAGGGAGAAUAUACUGUUUAUUUGUCAUUGAAACAUAACAUUUCAAUUGAGCUUCUUACAUUGUUCCAUCAUUUUUACUUUCAGGCAUGGUCAAGCUUUAAAACAUUUAACAUUGUAUGUAUCUUCCCAAAUGUUGAUGCGACUUAUGAAAUGCAAGUUCUUAACUUACAAACAAAAUAUGUCCACUUUCUUCUCUUAGUUUGUCUGUAUUUUAAAAAGGCCUGAUGUUUUGAUUAAACAAGGAAAGAAAGACCCAACACGUCGACAAUAGAAAUGCAUAUUGCAAUGUCCAGUAGACUAGUGAGUGACAGUGACACCCUUGGUAGACAUGCCUCAAGGAAAGUUAUAGAGUUGCACUGUCUGGUUCUUGAGUGUCUUUUCUAUGACAGAUAAAUAGGAUACAUUUUCAUCUUAAACAGCAUCUAUUUAGUGUAAAAACAAGACUGUUAACCAUUUAGUGUUACAUUCAUUUGGGGUUUUAUACACAUUUCUAUAAACAUUACAGUAGUUUUAAUCUACAUUCAAGAUUGGUGUUACAUGUCCCUUCUCUUAAACUAGAUCAUGUUUAAUGCAUAAUGAAAGUUGAAACUGAAAUAUUUGUCAGAUGUGAUAUCUGAGACAAGCAUGUGAAACAUGAUCCCCUUGCCUGGGUAUGGUUGAUACCAGUAGGUUGUGAAACAUGAUCCCCUUGCCUGGGUAUGGUUGAUACCAGUAGGUUGUGCAGUUGUUUGAGGAGUAUACCAAGUGUACAAAACGUUAAGGACACCUUCCUAAUAUUGACUCCAAUGCUUCCCGCAGUUGUAAGUUGGCUGAGUGUCAUUUGGGUUUUGGGUGUGAGUGUGAAAAAUUUAGCAACUUUCAGUUCUUGACACAAACCGGUGCGCCUGGCACCUACUACCAUACCCAUUUCAAAGGCACUUCAAUCUUUUGUCUUCCCCAUUCACCCUCUGAAUGGCACAAUCUAUGUCUCAUGUCUUAAAUUUGUAUUAUUUUUACAAGUCUCCUCCCCUUCAUCUACACUGAUUUGAAAUGGAUUUAACAAGUGACAUCAAUAAGGGAUCAUAUCAUUCACCUGGUUAGUCUUUGUCCUGGAAAGAGCAGGUGUCCUUAAUGUUUUGUACACUCAUUGUAUAAUUGACCCUACCAAGAUGGCACAUGUCCAGACACACUCAUUUUCACAUGUCUAUCCAUCAACAUUCUGUGAUAUUUUAUUAUAAAUGUGAUUCUUCAAGGUCCUAUGAUGUAAUCUUCUAUAUCCAACCCCUCAAUAAAAGUUAGGUUUUCAUUAGUCA